UCUCUGAACUCAACAAAUUUAUAUAGCCUCCUCGCUCUUAUGCUGAAACCCUUUCCUUUUGCAAAUUUUUAGUUGCAGUACGUAACGCCGAAGGCUAAAAAGAGAAGAGAGUAAAGCUUGAAAGCCUCAACAAUUUAGGCAAUUUGUGUUUCACAUUAUGCCGAAAAAAGUAAAAGAAAUUAAAGAACAUGAAGAAAUGGGAUUUGCUUCCCAGGAUGCAAUCAACCAGUUGCGCGCAUUCAUUGACCAAGUUGAAGAGCCAUUGAAGACAACAUUUCAGAAUGUUCAUCAAGGACACGUCACUGAAACUUUAAUGCGGUUUCUAAAAGCAAGGGAGUGGGAUCCUUCUAAGGCCCAUAAAAUGUUGGUUGAUUGUUUAAACUGGAGAGUACAAAAUGAGAUUGACAAUAUAUUAUCUAAACCAAUAUCUCCUGAUUUAUACAGAGCAGUGCGUGAUUCACAACUAAUAGGAUUGUCAGGGUACUCAAGAGAGGGUCUUCCUGUCUUUGCAAUUGGUGUUGGGCUUAGUACAUUUGACAAAGCAUCUGUCCAUUGUUAUGUGCAGUCUCACAUUCAAAUUAAUGAAUAUCGUGAUCGUGUAAUCUUGCCUUCUGCAUCAAGGAAGCAUGGGCGACCUAUUACCACUUGUAUAAAGGUUUUAGACAUGACUGGUCUGAAGCUGUCAGCCCUGAAUCAGAUUAAGUUGUUAACUAUUAUAUCAUCCAUUGAUGAUCUGAACUACCCAGAGAAGACAAAUACUUAUUACAUUGUAAAUGCCCCAUACAUAUUUUCAGCUUGUUGGAAGGUUGUGAAGCCACUUUUACAAGAGAGGACAAGGAGAAAAGUGCAGGUCUUAUCAGGUUGUGGACGAGAUGAACUGUUGAAUAUCAUGGAUUACCAAUCUCUACCACAUUUCUGUAGAAAAGAAGGCUCUGGAUCAUCUAGACAUUCAGAGAGUGGAAGUGAUAAUUGCUAUUCCUUGGAUCAUCCCUUCCAUCAACAGCUCUACGACUACAUCAAUCAGCAAGCCCGAAUCCGUGAAGCUGUUGAACCCAUCAAGCAGGGAUCCUUUCAUGUAGAUUUUCCAGAACCUCCCGAUGAUGAAGCAGAGAUUGCCAAGACUAUAGAGUCAGAGUUACACAAGUUUGAGAACGGCAAUUGUGUCUAAUACUUUCUUUCAGGAUUUCCAAUUGUGGCCUCAAAAUCAAUGGUCUUUACCUGUUAUUACCAAUGUAGCAGGGUUCCUUCCACAUCCAUAUUACUUCUAUCAGGACUCAGUAGAAUUAGUUAAGCGUUGUUUAUGUAUGUUAAGAGAAAUUCAGGGAUAGUAAUGCCAAUCCCAGCUUUGCAUCGAGCCACUAUGCGAUAUAAAUGUCAAAUAUAAUAUUUUUCCA